UGAAGAAUUAGCCCAAAAAAUUAUUAGUUAUUUAAAAAAAUUAGAAAAAGAUGGAAUUUUUUCUCCGAUAAGCAGCAAAAAAAAAAAUCUCUUGUUAGCCAGCAAAAAGGAGUAUGAAAGGUUAGACCAGGAACAAAAAGACUAUCAAGAAUUAAGCCAAGAAGCAAAUAAAGGGGAGCGAGAUUUUCUGCUGAAAGAAAUUAAAAAUUUAAUUGAACAAAAAGAACAGUUAAUUGAUAAAAUUAAAGAGCAAAUAAUUACCGAGGAAGGAACCGAGCAAAAUAUUGUUAUCGAAAUUCGUCCCGGCACAGGAGGCACUGAAGCCGGUCUUUUUGCCCGUGACCUUUAUCAAAUGUAUGAGGGAGAAAAUGUGUUUAAUUGGUUAAAGAACGAAGCAGGAGUUCACCGAGUUCAAAGGGUUCCUCGGACCGAAAGUAAAGGAAGGGUACAUACUUCCACUGCCAGCGUCGUAAUUUUGCCAGAAGUUCAGGAUGUAAUUUUAAAUAUUCGUAGCCAGGAUUUAAAAAUUGAGACUUAUAGUUCUG